GCUCUUCCCUUCUGUGGCCAUCGCUGAAGCGCCGGCGGCCAAAAUGAAGUUCAAUCCCUUUGUGACUUCUGACCGAAGCAAGAAUCGAAAGAGGCAUUUCAAUGCGCCUUCCCACAUUCGCAGGAAAAUUAUGUCUUCUCCUCUUUCUAAAGAGCUAAGACAGAAGUACAACGUUCAAUCCAUGCCCAUCCGAAAGGAUGAUGAAGUUCAGGUUGUACGAGGGCACUACAAAGGGCAGCAAAUUGGCAAAGUAGUCCAGGUGUACAGGAAGAAAUACGUCAUCUACAUUGAACGAGUGCAGCGGGAGAAGGCUAACGGCACAACUGUCCAUGUGGGCAUUCACCCCAGCAAGGUGGUUAUCACUAGACUAAAACUGGACAAAGACCGCAAAAAGAUCCUCGAACGUAAAGCCAAAUCUCGCCAAGUAGGAAAGGAAAAGGGCAAAUAUAAGGAAGAAACAAUUGAGAAGAUGCAGGAAUAAAGUCAUCUUGUCUACAGCUUUCAUUAAAAACUGUUAAAAUGAAAAAAAAAAAAAGCAGACACA